AUGGCAGGCGUCCCUCGGAGUGGAAGUGCAGGUCAAGGGCUGACUUGGAGGAAGAAUGUUUCUCAGCUUCCCUAUGGCAAAGCCCUCUACACAUAUGAGGGAAAAGAGCCUGGUGACCUCAAGUUUAACAAGGGGGACAUCAUCAUACUGCGGCGGAAGGUGGACGAGAAUUGGUACCAUGGGGAGCUCAAUGGGAACCACGGCUUCUUCCCUGCCAGCUACAUCCAAUGUAUCAAGCCUCUCCCACAAGCUCCACCUCAGGGCAAAGCACUUUACGACUUUGAAAUAAAGGAUAAAGAUCAAGACAAGGAUUGCCUGACCUUCACCAAGGAUGAAAUUUUGACGGUCAUCAGGAGAGUGGAUGACAACUGGGCAGAAGGAAUGCUGGGUGACAAGAUUGGCAUUUUCCCUAUCCUCUAUGUUGAGCUGAAUGAAUCUGCCAAGCAGCUCAUCGAGAUGGACAAGACUUGCUUGGCUGCUGCCUCUGGCUGUGACAUGCCGCUGGCGACAGAGACGGCGGCAGUGGCGGCGGCGGCAGCGGUGGGUCUGGCGCCGUGCUCCACGUUGGCCGGUGCUGGGGCAGCUGGGGCGGCCCAGCGGCAGGUGGAAGGCAAGAAGAAUGCCAAGAAGCGCCACUCCUUCACUGCCCUCAGCAUGACACACAAGUCCUCCCAGGCUGCCAGCAACCGGCACUCCAUGGAGAUCAGUGCCCCCGUUCUCAUCAGCUCCAGCGACCCACGGGCGGCUGCCAGGAUCGGGGACCUCACCCACCUCUCCUCCAGUGCCCCAGCCCAGGAUUCCUCUUUGAUUGGAACAGCCACAGUGGCUGGUCCCAGGACAAGUGCAAUAAUUGGAGAUCAGGGAACACCACCGAAGGUCCAGCUCCCCCUCAAUAUCUACCUAGCCCUGUAUGCCUACAAGCCCCAGAAGAACGAUGAGCUGGAGCUCCGCAAAGGUGAGAUGUACCGGGUCAUUGAGAAGUGCCAGGACGGCUGGUUCAAGGGGACAUCUCUGAGGAGUGGGAUGUCCGGUGUCUUCCCAGGCAACUAUGUGACACCUGUCUCAAGGGUGCCAGUGGGAGCUGGGCAGCCCAGGAACAGCGGAGCUGGAGGAGUUCCGACAACAAAAGUAGCUCCAGGAGCCAUCCACCCCAUCGGGGCCAGUCACACCAAUGUCACCACAACUGUCAGACCAGUUGUUCCUAUCACCACUCCCCAGACACAUCCCCAGCUGCAGGCAGCCUCUCCACAGCUGAAUAACUGCCUGCGGUACUCAGCUCAGCAGCCAGCCAGCCAGCCCCGCAACACCAUGCAGAUAGCCCACCCCACGGUGCCAGCCCCGGACCGACCCACCGCCACGGUGUCACCCCUGCGGACGCCCAGCUCGCCCUCCCGCCUGCCCGCAGCCGCCAUUCGGCCUCACCCCGCCGUGUCCCCCCAGCACGGCCACCAGCCGCCCGCACCAGGGGCCCGGCCCCUCAUCCCCCUCACCUCCGCUGCCGCCGCCAUCACCCCGCCCAAUGUCAGCGCGGCCCACCUCAAUGGGGAGGUGGGCAGUGGGCCCCUGUGUGCCCCCGUCACCCCUGGACCUGCCAGCAAAGCUGAGGAGAGGAAGAACGAGAAGAAGGAGAAGAAGAGUGGGCUGUUGAAACUUCUAGCAGGAGCAUCAACAAAAAAGAAGUCGCGCUCCCCACCAUCUGUGUCCCCCACGCAUGACCCCCAGACAGCCAUCGAAGGAGUUCUGCAAGGAGCAGUGGGACCUGAGCUCUCCUCUCUCUCCAGUCAUGGCCGAGCCGGCUCAUGCCCUAUUGAGAGUGAAAUGCAAGGAGCUAUGGGAUUGGAGCCUCUGCACAGGAAAACAGGCUCCUUGGAUUUGAAUUUUUCCAUCCCUUCUCCUGCCAGGCCACCCCUCUCUUCCAUGGCAGCUAUUCGGCCAGAGCCCAAGCCUUUACCCCGGGAAAGGUACCGUGUUGUGGUCCCAUACCCACCACAGAGUGAGGCUGAGAUCGAACUGAAGGAAGGUGACAUUGUGUUUGUGCACAAGAAGCGGGAGGAUGGCUGGUACAAAGGGACGUUGCAGAGGAAUGGCAGGACGGGCCUCUUCCCCGGGAGCUUUGUCGAGAGCUUCUGAGGAUGAAUCGCCGCUCUCUCAACUGAGGAGCUUUCAGGGGAAACUGCAUAGCACAAGAAGAGACAGCAAAGAGAAACUGGACUGAUAACCACUGCCAUUUUUAUUUCCAAAGACUUCCCCCAGGCCCUUCAGUCUGCAGCUCUGGAGACACAGUGCCCGCUGUGCUCCCGAGACCGUGUGCGGUGCAUACAGUGGUAUGUUGAAGUAGUGCCUUCCACCUGGAAUCACAGACUGAAAGGACGCCCAUCUGGACUGUAGUAACCUAAACUCUGGCUGUUAACCCUUUGUGUAAAUUAUAGAGAAGAUAUCUUUAAAAAA